AUGACGACCAGCCUAAACCGCAGCUCGGACUCGGACUCGGAGUCAUUGGAGGCAACUGUGGACCGGAAUAUUGAGUCGGAGCCAAACAGCGCCUCAGAGGCAAAGGAUGGCGAGAGCUUGGAAGGGAUGGAGUUCGAGGACAGAUUGAUUCGGCCAAAUUGCUUGAAGGCCAGAAGAACUUCUGCGUCGAAAGAAGGAAGAGGACCCGCGACGAUGAGAAGGGCAGCAACAUCGCAGAGUCUGUACCGAAAAAAACAGGGCGGAAAGAACAGAGAAGGUCCCGACGGAAAGCUGCUGGUAGUGAUCAUGCAGAGCGAGCGACUCAUUCGACCUCCGUCCUCAUCAUCCCCCUUUGAUGAGGACGUGGAAGCGGAAGAAAGAGCCAUUGAGUCGCGCUCUGAGGUUGGAGACCAGUCUGCCACGUCGAGCGAGUGGGGCGAUCGUCCUGAUGACAACGAUACUACGUGGGACUCGGACGAUGAGGGUGAUUUUGAGGAGCUGCGCGAGUUCUUUGGGGUCUGCCGCAUCGAUCUCGGGUUCGAGCGCGAUUGCACGGAGCUGGAACAGGAGUUCGCCAAGCCUGGACGCAACUCCAUCGCCAUCGUCACGGAGCAGUCUGACAUCUAUGCGCUCGACGUGGACGUCAAGGACGGGGGCUUUGAGGCGCUGGAACGAAUGGUCACGGAGAACGACGUUUUUCUGGAUGACACGCCCCAUGUAAUCACCGGCAACGGGGGGCUGCACCUUCUUUUUUCCUUGUCCAAAUCUGAGGAGGCUGGCCUGCUUAACUCUAGCAACAGGGCCAGAAUUCUGUACUCGGGCGAAGCGGUGGGCAUCGUUGUACGUGGCAGGGGCGGAAUGCUGUACACCGCUCCCAGCAGCUACAAGGGCGUUGAUGGCAUCCGUCGGAGCUACGAGUGGAAAGAGGAGAUUCUUCCCGACCGCUCCAAUCUUCGGGCCGUUCCAGACUGGCUCAUCCGCAUCUUGAACGGCAGCGGCGAAGCGCCAAGCGAACGUGGGCGGAUGGCUCGGGGUGGAGAUGGGGCCCGUAAGCCGCAGACUGUACCUAUCGGACCUCCUCGUCCGAUCGAAGACCCUCGGCUGACUCCCCCAGCAGCGGUUUUGGAGCGCGUCAAGGCCUGUGUGGCUGCCACGGGCGACACCGCCUCCUGGUUCGAUCGCCUCAAGAUGGGCGACAGCGGGCCAAUGUACGUCUUUCGAGUGGCUGCCCCCCGACGCUGCCCGUACGGCAAUCACCACGACGGUUCCAACAACUUCUCUGUGCUCGUGCGCAAGAGGGACCUGCUCUAUUGUUGCAACAGCUCGGAGUGCCAAGGGGUACGCCCCUUGCUGAAGAUUGGGGAGCUCACGCGCUCGGAGGCGAUGAGUGGGGGCGAGACUCGCGCUUUCGGUGCUGAUGAUGUCAGCGCGAUCAACAGCCUGCACAAAAGAUUCGUGGACGCCUGGGCCUUUGAGGGAGACGUCGGCGGCAGCAAGAUUGUCGGUGAGAUGUACGCAGGCAGCGGCAGGUUGUGCUUUGAUGGUGAAUGCUGGCACUAUUGGGACGGGCGGCGCUUUGUAGCUGAUGAGAAGAGUGCAUUCUUUGUGAAGAACGUACUUAUCAAUCAACUGAGGAUCGUCUACAAGCAAGUGCGGGACGAAUUGAGCGCAGCGAUUGAGACAACCCGGGAUGAGGAACAACGAGAGGUCCUACAACAGCAGUUGAAGCAUUUGCGCACGUACAACAACAGCCGAGAGAUGGGCAGUACCUUGGACCUCGCCCGGGGGGAGCUGUUUGUCCCCAAUUUCAUCCAACAACUGGAUGCAAACCCGGAUGUACUGAACACCAAGAAUGGCGUGCUCCUUUUGAGAACCGGCAUGCUCGAUGCACACAGGCCCGAGUACAUGUGCUCAAAGAUUGCGGAGACGGACUUCAUGGAAAUCGAGUACCCAACUCCGCUCGUUGAUGCUUUCCUAAGCGACAUCUUCAACCACGACUCUGAGCUGGUGGACUAUAUUCGGAAGUUGUAUGGCUAUGCUCUGAAUGGUCAUACCCGAGAAGAGAUCUUCGUGCUCUUGCUUGGAGGUGGAGGUGAGCACUUAAUUGAUUGA